GCACGUCACUUCCUGUUUCUUUAAGGGAACGUGGCUUUCCCCGCAGCGCCCGUCUUCCCGUCUUGCGUCUCUGCUGCGGCGGCUGGAGCUGGAGUCGGACCCGGAGCGCAGAGUCGCCAUGGACUCGGCCCUCAGCGACCCGCACAACGGCAGCGCCGAGGCAGGCGGCGCAGCCAACGGCACGACGCGGCCGCCUUCCACGCCCGAGGGCAUCGCGCUGGCCUACGGCAGCCUCCUGCUCAUGGCGCUGCUGCCCAUCUUCUUCGGCGCCCUGCGCUCCGUGCGCUGCGCCCGCGGCAAGAACGCCUCAGACAUGCCCGAGACUAUCACCAGCCGGGACGCCGCCCGGUUCCCCAUCAUCGCCAGCUGCACGCUCUUGGGGCUCUAUCUCUUUUUCAAAGUUUAUUUUCCCAAUAAAAGUUACACGGGCUCAGUGUUGAAAACGUGGAAAACACAGAAAAGUAAAAAGGGGAAAACAGCAGUCAUCCAAAACCCCACUACCAGAGACAAUCACAGAUUCCCUUUGGAGAUAUUCUCCCAGGAGUACAUCAACCUCUUGCUGUCCGUGUAUUUCUUCGUGUUGGGGAUCCUGGCCCUGUCCCACACCAUCAGCCCCUUCAUGAAUAAGUUUUUUCCAGCCAACUUCCCAAAUCGACAGUACCAGCUGCUCUUCACGCAGGGCUCUGGGGAGAACAAGGAAGGUGGGAGGGGCAGCCCCGCCCCGGGGAGUGGACUUACCCGGCCUCUCUGCCCAGAGAUCAUCAAUUAUGAGUUUGACGCCAAGGACCUGGUAUGCCUGGGCCUGAGCAGCAUCGUUGGCGUCUGGUACCUGCUGAGGAAGCACUGGAUUGCCAACAAUCUCUUUGGCCUGGCCUUCUCCCUUAACGGGGUGGAGCUCCUGCAUUUAAACAACGUCAGCACCGGCUGCAUCCUGCUAGGCGGGCUCUUCAUCUACGAUGUCUUCUGGGUAUUUGGCACCAAUGUGAUGGUGACAGUGGCCAAGUCCUUUGAGGCACCAAUAAAAUUGGUGUUUCCCCAGGACCUACUGGAGAAGGGUCUCGAAGCAGACAACUUUGCCAUGCUGGGACUUGGAGAUAUCGUCAUUCCGGGGAUCUUCAUUGCCUUGCUGCUACGGUUUGACAUCAGCUUAAAGAAGAACACCCACACCUACUUCUACACCAGCUUCGCAGCCUACAUCUUCGGCCUGGGCCUCACCAUCUUCAUCAUGCACAUCUUCAAGCAUGCCCAGAUGGCCUUGGGAGCUGUGUCGGCCAAGAGUGACACUUGACAAGGAGGUCACCGAGAGUGAUGGACCUGGCUUGGGGGACUAGCGUAGAGGCCUCUGGGAAGUCUCUGCUCCCAGCCCUGUUAUGUUCCAAUCUGAGAGCCAUUCCCCCAGAGGCCACCAGGUGGCAACCUUGCCUUCUGCCUGGGCUAGACUCCGAGGAUCCCGCACUGGCUGGGGAAGUGGUCCUCUGUGUGGGGACACUGUAGUCCAGAGAGAAAAGGAGUCUUCCUGGGUCACGCAGCAAGUCGAAGUAGGCCCCAGCUGGAGCCCUGGACUCCUGACCCUUGGCCCCAAGCCUGUGCUACUCCCCAGCAGCAGCCCAGCCAUUGUCCCAUCAUCCACUUGGGCGUCUCCCUGGAAAUCUUGGAAAGAGGAUGCAGGACACAAGGGGAACCUGUUCCUUGAGGACCCUCUUCCUUUCCAAGAACAGGCAGUCCCAGUGCCAGCAAUUCCAUAGGUGAAAGUCACCACUGGUUAUGUGAUCUUCAACUCAUGGAGCCUCUAUCAAAAACCCACUCCGGGGGCACCUGGGUGGCACAGUCAGUUAAGUGUCCUACUUUCGGUUUUGUCUCAGGUCGUGACCUUAGGGUCGUGAGAUCGAGCCCCACAUCGGGUUCCGCACUCAACGCGGAGUCUGCUUAAGACUCUCUCUCCCUCUCCUCCUGCCCCUCUCCAUGCACUUGUACUCGCAUGCGCUCUCUCACUCUCUCUCUCUCUCUUUCUCAAAUAAAUAAUCUUUUUUUAAAAACCCCACUCCAAGCCAGGGGUCUGGCAGUCUUCUAGAAAGGCCCUUCAAGAUGAUCGGUAUCCUCAUUGUACAGAGAGGGGGAAGCAGUUUAGUCGGGGUCACACAGCCAAGCCGAGGCUGGGUGGAAAGCCAGGAACCCUGACGCCCAGCUUGCUGUCCCAAGCUGUACGUCCCAGCCUCUCCACAGCACUGACUUUGGAGAGGUCCCCUGGUGCCUUGAGAGGAAAGAAAAGAACUUGUAGUUCUCUGAUAAUAGCAACCUCGCUGCCUCCCACAGCAGCCCUUCAGUGGCUCCUGGCUUUCAAGGCAGGCCUUGGGGGAGCUAAACGUGUACCAUCCUUCCCCCCCACCCGCCUCGGGAAGCCCUCUACUUUGCCUGGUCUGGUCUUGAUGAAGACUUAGAGACGGAUGCACCAAGACCCACAUCCUGGCCAGCUGUGUGGAGGAGGACAGUCCUUUGCCUCUUCUGAUCCUCAGUCUCUUCAUCUGUAAAGCGGGUAUGAGGAGGCCUUUUGAGAAAUUCAAUUCUAACAAGUUUAUAGUUGUUUCAUUUCUGUUCUGUUUCAUCAAUCUCUGCUUUUGCCGUCAUUAUUUUCUUUCUACUUUCUGGUGUCAUUCUUUUUCUGGCUUCUUAACUUGAAAGCUGAGAUUAUUUCAAGUCUUUUUCUAAUAAAUGCACCUAGAGUUAUGUUAUAAAUUUCCCUCUGAGUACUCCUUUGACUGCCUCUCACAUGUUUGGUGUAGACUUUUGUCAUUGUCAUUUCUGUCGCCCUCCAAAAGACCUAAAGCCUGACUUACCCAAAGCCUAACUCACAGCAAAUACCUGAUACAGUGCGAGAAGCUCAGCCACUUUUACGCACCUCGUGUGACCUUGGGCGACGCCUUUCCCCCUAUCUAAACCUCAGUAGCAUCAUCUGUAGAACUCAGAUUGUGUUUUUAGCUUCAAGGGUAGUAUGUAUGAAGUGGUAUGGUUCACAGGCCACACAUGGCAGGUGCCAAGAAAUGGUUGGAAGGUCAGGCUUGGUGAACUCUGGAGCCCUGUUCUCUGACUUCACUCGCCUUAGGAGUGAGGUCUCCUCACCCUUACUCCAGUCAUCUCCCAGACACCCUCUUAACUUUGUGAGCACCCAUGGAGAAGCCAUUUGCUUAGUAUUUACCACGCCCUCUUUGGAAUGCCAGGAAUAGAGCAGUGACCAAGACAGCCGUGGACCCUGCCCUCAUGAAGUUCACAGCCUAGCAGCAGAGAGACUGAAGACCAUAAUGGCAGAGCAAUGUCCCGCUCCAGAUUGCCGGCAAAUGCUGCAGGGGAUGGCAGGGGGCCCUGAGAGUAGGCAACAAGAGGGCCUGGCUCCCUGCCAGGGAAGGCUUCCCUACAGAAGUUAAGAGCAGAGCAGAGGCCCGAAGGAGGAGGAGUCUAGGCAGAGAUGGGAAGAGCAUGACAAGCAGCAGAAACUGCAUGUGCAGAGGUCCUGUGGCUAGAUGUGACAAGGAGGACCAGAACAAGGUCAUUGUGGCCAGAGUAGGGCAAGAAGGAAGCAGGGUUACAUCUCAUGGGGACUUGAGGCCACUGGGAGCAUUGGGGGUCAUGGAGGGUCAAACAGUAAUGUCCAGCUUUCAGAUGCUGCAGGGAAAGGAAUAGCUUUAGAGUCCGAUAUGCCUGAGAUCCAGUCCCCAGUUGACCGUUUAGAUACCUGAGGCCUGCGCUGUUCCCUGUCCUCCCAAAGCAGCAGCCUUCCUCGUGUGAACAAGGAGGAUGGUCACGGGGAUAUAGAGAUGGACGGAAGUGCUCCUCAGGAGGCUGAGCUCAGGGUAGUGGACGCAGCAGGUGCGCCAUCUUGUCCUCCAAACCCAGCUUCACCAGGAGGCUCCGCUCAGGCUCUAGAGCCAGACUGCCUAGGUCGUCUUAUUGUAACGGCAUCCAACAGCAUCUCCUGGAGCGUUCGUUAAAGAUGCAAACUUCCACCCCCAGACUAGGGAAGCAGAAUCUCUGGGAAUAGGACUGACCCAGGAGGUUGCUUGUUUGAACCUGAUGUCCCAGGUGAUUAGGAUACUGCCAGCCAGACUCUGGGGUACCCUUAAAGCCCUGCAUGCUUGACUUUGUUUGGGUUCCUUGCAUUCCCUCCCAGGGAGGAGCAGCCCUGCUCAGGGAGUCAGGAGCCCCAGGUGUGGGCCUAGGCACCCACUGACUUGCUCUGGGAACCUGGGCAGUCAUUGUCCUUCAGUCACACCCUGGAGAGGGUUGGAGUGAUGGGCAUGGCCCCGAGCAGGUGCGCUG